GCGGUCGCGGUCUGGGUCGCGGUCCAGGCUAGCGGGGAGAUACCGCCAAGCGCUCACCUUCUCAGAGCUUCUCCUCGGGCUUCACUGCCGCCCUAAAGGUUACUGUGAUCUCGGCUUGAGAGCAAGGUGGACAGCCAUGGCGGCGUCUUUGUGGGUUGGACCUCGAGGGACCAUAAACAAUUAUCCAGGCUUUAACCCAUCAGUGGAUGCCGAAGCUAUCCGGAAAGCAAUCAAAGGAAUUGGAACUGACGAGAAAACUCUCAUCAACAUUCUGACGGAGCGGUCGAACGCACAGCGGCAGCUGAUUGUCAAGCAGUAUCAAGAGGCAUAUGAACAGGCGCUGAAAGCUGACUUGAAGGGUGAUCUCUCUGGCCACUUUGAGCAUGUCAUGGUGGCUCUUAUUACUGCACCGGCCGUGUUUGAUGCCAAGCAACUGAAGAAAUCCAUGAGGGGCAUGGGCACAGAUGAAGACACCCUGAUUGAAAUCUUAACAACCAGGACAAGCAGGCAGAUGAAGGAGAUCUCGCAGGCCUAUUAUACAGCAUAUAAGAAGAAUCUCAGAGAUGACAUUAGCUCUGAAACGUCUGGAGACUUCCGGAAAGCUCUGCUGACUUUGGCAGAUGGUGGAAGAGACGAAAGCCUGAAAGUGGAUGAACAUCUGGCCAAAAAAGAUGCCCAGACCCUCUACGAUGCUGGUGAGAAAAAAUGGGGCACGGAUGAAGACAAAUUCACCGAGAUCCUGUGUCUACGGAGCUUUCCGCAGCUGAAACUGACAUUUGAUGAGUACAGAAACAUUAGUCAGAAGGACAUUGAGGACAGCAUUAAAGGAGAAUUAUCUGGGCAUUUUGAAGACCUGCUGCUGGCCGUAGUUCGCUGUACGAGGAACACCCCAGCUUUUUUGGCAGGAAGACUUCAUCAGGCUUUGAAGGGAGCUGGAACAGAUGAAUUCACUCUGAACAGAAUAAUGGUCUCCAGAUCAGAGAUUGACCUUCUGGACAUCCGACGUGAGUUCAAGAAGCACUACGGCUGCUCUUUAUACUCAGCCAUCCAAUCAGAUACUUCUGGAGACUACAGAACUGUGCUGUUGAAGAUCUGUGGAGGAGAUGAUUGAAGAAGAUGGCUUCCAACAGCUGCCUGCCCUGAUGGUGGACCGCCUCAACAGCUCUGCUUACUGCUUUCGUACAGCACUCCAGCAAUGGGCAAGCGAAUGCAAGACAGCAACCCGUCUGCCUGAUGCGCAUUGGCUUCCUUCAGUGCAACAGCAAAAAUGAACUUGAUUUUAUUUUAGAGCAUCUCAUUCAUAAUGUAGAGGUUUAUAAGGGAAAUUCAAUCUAGAAUUAAAGACCUACUAAUGAUUUUUUAUUUGGCUUAGGAAGUUGGAAUCUGUGUUGUUCAAAGCCAUUAAACAUAAAUCAGGAUACUAAAAAUGGCUGCCUUUGCUAAAUGUAAUUUUUGUAUUUGUUUUCCGUAACUACUAAUACUGUAUGUUGCCUGGUGCCAACAAAUACUUCAAAAUACAUUUGUUGUAAAUGCUGUCAGUGCCUCUAUUACUUGAUUAGUGUGGUCUAAAAAGCUAAUAAUGAAAUGACAUGGUGGUGCACACCUAUAAUCCCAACACUUAGGAGGUAGACACAGGAGGAUCGAUAGUUUGGGGUCAUCCUUGUGAAAGUGCAGGAGAUAUAAAUAAGUCUAUUAACUGUUUAGCAUGGUCAAGGCUCGGACCCAGGGAAGGAGAAUGGUGUCCUAUGGAUUCUUGUCAGGGAAAUGAAGUAAUGCUGUCUAUAUUUGAUCUUCAGCAGGGGCUGGAUUCUGGGAGGAAAAACAGAAGGACUGCUGGCAGAUACAUCCACUAUUCCUCAGGAACCUGUGGAACAGAUUUCUGUCUGUCUGACAGGAAAGCCACUUCCCUAUCUCUCCUUCCUCUGGUAGAUGAGGCAUCAGGCUGCCUGUUAACAAGUAUCUCUGGUGCAUGCUAACCUCCAGACUUCCCCAGUUCAUUCCAGGCUGCUCCAGCUCAGAGGAUUCCCUUUCCCUCCUACAACUACUGUUUUCCUGUAUGACCCAUAAGGUUUUCCUACUCCUGCUCUUCUCUCUGAUCCCAAGAGCAGUAGCCCUGGCUCUUGACAGCCUGCCCCUCUCCUCUCUGCCCCAGAGAUGUAGCCAUUUUGAACAUCUUGGAAGUUCCAAAAGGCUCUGGCUAUUCUGUCUCUCAUUUCUACAAAAAAUAUAAUAAAAUCUAUAUAAACCUUUCCACCCAUGGAUCAGUCAGUUUGUCAGCUCUCUGAGCCUUAGGUGCCCCCACCCACACCCCAGGAUUCAGCACCAGAUGUAAGUCAGCACACAAAAAAGAAACCACCGAAAUGGUCACCCCACGAGUGGUGAGGCUUAAUUAUCACUAAGAGAGAGAGAACAGCCAGAGGCACCUGUUAGAGACCAAAGCAGAGAGAAAAGGAAGCAGAUCAGCCAUGGCCAGAGCUAGAGAAGUGGGCAUGGGAAAACUGUGUGGCUUAUAAACAGUCCAGGUAGCCAAGGGGGAGGAGCCUAUGGUCUGUAGCAGCCUGGAUGUUCAGAAUAGAGGAGGAGAUGAGAAGGUCCAGGAUGCUAGCAAGUGUGGGCUUUGAAAUGCAUAACAGGUACCUAUGAGUAGGGACCCAAGGAGUCUCAGGCAAUCCAUGGGCUUUUGAUAUGUGACCACGGGUAUGUGCCAAGGGAAGUGGCCCUUUCUGACAAGCUCCUCUCACAAGAUUGUUUUAUAAUGAAGUGGAAUAUUUAAAAGUGUAUUCAUGGGGAUGGAGAGAUGGUUUUUCAGUUAAGAGUGCUUCUUGCUCUUCCAAUGAACCUGAGUUAAGUUCCUAGCACCCAUAUUAGGUGGUCAUCACUGGGUUCCCAAGCCAGCUGAGGGAAGGUAGAACAUUCCCUAUACCACAGACAGGGCCCAGAGAGCAUGGCAGGAAUAGGGUUGCUCCCUACCCAAAUCAGGCUUUGGCCUACUCAACUCCAUAGAGACAAAGGCCACUUCAUGAAUAAAGCCAGUUAAACUUCUGUUUCCAGGACAUUUCUUAUUUCAAUCUAGACAUGGCAUUGUAAUGCUUAUCCUGCAUCAAGUUUCUGUAAACAACGUUUACCAUUUACUCUCUGCCCUGUCAAUAAAAGCUGAUCGCCCAGUGGCUGGGCAGAAAAGAAAAUAUGGGAACUUCCACCAGCCAUGGGAGGGAGAGACAGAAGAGUGAGAGAGAUUGAGCCACAAAGGAGGAGAGGAUACUUCAGCUGGAGCAUGAAAGUCCUGACAUGAAAGUAUUUUAGGGUUUUUGACUGGGAAGUAGCCAGUUUCACUUAGAGUAAUGAGGCGGAUCAAAGACUACCCAGGUAUUUCAGUAAAGCUUGGAAAUAAA